AUGCGAUUGAAGGCUGGUGGGCAAGUCCCUUCCGCACUCGAUGUACCAGAGUUCUCUGAAGAGCAGGCACUUCAGCUCUCGCGAGAAUACGCGGCAAAGUACGAAGCCGAUUUCAUUCGCAACCCGGACUUCAACUUUGAAAAGUAUAAAAACGAGCAGGCUCAGGGCCCUGGAGAGGAAGUGAAUGUCCUCUCUGCGAUGCCCGACCAAGACCCCAACAACUGGGACGACGCAUACUGGGACCGGCUUCGGCAAAUCGACUUUAAGAGCUCUGCUGUAAGCUUCAUGGACAACCAUGCCUCCAGUCUCGGGUGGCAAGCGGGCCAGCAGUUCCCCUUGGCUUUAUGGGACGAGAGCACCAGCGAGGCGCCAGCCAAGAAGCCCAAGGUCGAGGAAACGCCAGAGACCCAGCAGCAAGGAGAGACGUCGGCGCAGCCCAGCCUCCCUAUGCCUACAUCAACCGCCCCCAAGGUCGUCUUUUACGGUGACUACCUGUGGCCGGCCGAGGCUAAACGACAGGGCGGAUUCCUGACGCCGGCUGACUCCCUGGCUCUAUCCAGGAACCCGCCAAUUACGGCGUAUACUUUGCGAACGCACCUCAACAGGAAUAGUCUCAAGCUUCACCCCGAGACGUUCUUCACCUCGGCACAUGAAACCUUUGGAGCUGCCGCAAAGGAAGCCGCAGACAAGGCAGCGAAGCUCGGUGGACAGUUUGACCCUGUCGUCUACAUGGUCCAUGCUACGCCAAACAUGUUUAAGGUGGGCAAGGAAGUGGUCGUCGCAGGAGGCAUCACUUGGCCGCAGGUCAUGGCAUGGACACAGGUGCCGCGCGACUAUUCGCUCCCGGAGGAGGCGGUGACGCGUAAGCAAGAGCUGCACGAGCACUUUGAGAAGGCGUACAAGGCGAGGCCCGUUCACCUCCUCGAGAAGAACCCAGACUACGACGCCAAAUUUGACCAGUAUACUGCCACCGCAGAGGAGCAGCCUCAGCUUCUCGGCUCGAGAAGGCCCAUGGGCGAGCUCCUCAAGUUCAUGAAGGAACACGGGGCGGCAGUGGGCUUCCAGGAAGGGUUCCCCCUUUUCAAGCCGCCCAAGGUCAUCACGGGCCAAGCUUCGGCGGCGGGGAAGGACGUUGAGCCUGCGCCACAUGAAGAAGGUGUGGUCGAGGAAGUGUGGAAUUUCAUCAAGGGGCAUGCCGUGGCCAUUGCGCUUCUGCCCGCGGUUGCUGCGCUGAACUUGAUUCCAGGCUUGGGAGAGAUUGCGGAUGCCGCCGAAUUCGCGGCUCUGAGCACGGAAGCGGUGGAGAGCACAGGGCUGGUUCUCGAGGGCACAUCGGCCAUCGAAGGAGGCACUGUCGCAGUUGAAGAUGGCACUGUCGCAGUUGAAGAUGGCACUGUCGCAGUUGAAGAUGGCACUGUUGCGGUUGGAGAGGGCACUUCUGCAGUUGGAGAGGGCUCUUCUGCAGUUGAAGACACUGCCACUGCCAAAGAUGUGACAACGGGCAACCAAGGUGCAGACAUUGCACAGCCCGAGGAGGAACUCAACCUGCCUGAUGUGCCGACACACGAGCCGGGAGCCUCGGUAGAGGAGCAGCUGGACAACCUUCCUGACGUGCCCACCCACGAGAUAGAAUUUUCGGAGAAGGUGCCGUCUGAUAAGAUAGCUGUACAAGCUGACUAA